AUGGACAAAUCUGGGAGUGUGAAGGAGACAGACUUUGAUGAAUCCGUGGACUUUGUGUACAACGUCACAGAGUACUUAGCAAUCGGUUCAUCCGACAUGCAAGUCAGCAUAGUGGUGUUUUCCUCUUCUUAUACCGAGGAAUUUGAUCUUAAUGAUCAUACAACAAAAUCAGAUCUACUGAAUGCCAUAAAGAACUUACGUGGCACAAGAACCACAGGGAGAACCUAUACUUAUGACGCAAUUGAUUACGUCAGGGAAUAUUCAUUCACGUCUGCAAAAGGAGGAAGAACCGGAGCCAAUAGAACGGUUGUGAUUUUAACAGAUGGACUGUCUAAUAAUGGAACUCGAACAAUAACAGCUGCAGACAACCUUCGGACGGAAGUCGGAGCAGAGGUGUUCGCUAUAGGAAUAGGAUCGACAGUGUCCAAGUCAAAUGAAGAAUUGAAGGGAAUUGCCAACGACCCUGAUUCUUAUUAUGUCCACUAUAUUGAUACCUUCGUCUACCUGUGUAACCUGGUUCCAGCUUUGGUUCCAAAACUUGAUAGUACCGUGACCCCUACACUACUCGCUGAUUGUCCUACCCCACCAACCACAACCCCUGAUCCUUCCAUUACAACAACAGUACAAACUACUGUUACAUCUACAACAUCAACUACAGCCUCAUCCACAACAUCAACUACAGCAAUAGCUGAUACAACAAGUACGACAAUUGCUGAUAAUUCAGGUAUGACAACGACGGUUGAUACAACAACAGAAAGAGAUACCACUUUAACAACAAAAACAACAGAAACAGCUACACAAACAACAGUACAGACACAAAAUACAGGUAACAGCGCAUCUUCCUCCUCUUCUGAAAGUGGGUCAUCAAGUAACACGGCGGCCAUUGCAGCUGGUGCCGUGUUGGGAACACUGGCUGCUGCAGCUACCGUUUUUGCCACAGCUAGUCUUCUACGUCGUUGGCAUCUAUCAGUGAAGGAGGAUCCAGUGGUCCUAGCUGCAGUCGGCCAGUACCAGCAAGCACCUAUAGGGCCUUCCAAGUCUAAGUUUAAUAUUGCAUAAUAUACUGUACAAAGGCAUAA